AUGAGCACCAUCCACAGGAAUACCCACUCUUCAAGUGGUCAAACCUUCGCAUCCUACACCCACAGGUCAACAGCUGCUUCCGCCAUCCCUGCCGCCAUCAACGCCGUCACCACCGCCGUCCUCAGUGCAACCGCCAUUGCUUCAGGCAGCUCCACAGUCACCGCCACCUCCGCUGCUGCUGCUGCUGCUGCUGCUCCAGCAAAGCGAGGACGCGGUCGACCAAGAAAGAUCCCGGUGGAAACAAACCACAUCAAAUCCACCACCAACAACGACGGCGAAGACGAUUCAAGUUCAGCCUCAGAAAAUGCUCCUGAAGUCGCUCCACGGAAACGCGGCCGGCCACCAAAACUGAACAAGGUUAUCAAGCCUCCCGUUGACCCUUCCGUACCCAAGAGAGGACGCGGUCGCCCACGCAAGAACCCUCUCCCUACUGACGCAAGCGAAACUGGAGUAUCAGGAUCAGGAUCAACAUCAUUAUCGACAAAAGCAUCUACAUCCUCAGGCUCAAAGGGAGCAGGCCACCACGCUUCGGUGACUGAGCCCCCUCGCAAACGCGGGCGGCCACGCAAGCAAUAG